GCAUAUGCUAUUAUAAUUAAACAUUCAUGCAGCCACAGCUACCCCACAUCAAGCAAGCGACUUCGGUAACCGUUAUCGCAUAUGUCGUAAUGAAACCCCCGCAUCACGAAUACGCUCAACGAAUAACCUCGCAGCCCGCAUUACCAAAGCAAGCAGGAUAGUAGCACUACGCCUCCCGAACAAUAUCCGGUCGCAUAGCAGGCACGUGAAGUUCUGAAUCGUUCAAAAUCAACCCAAUCGUUGAACAAUGAGCGUGUUAUCUACAAUCAACACGUUAGUUUACAUUUACACUCACGCGUGAUCAUGGCGGAAGCUACCACGAACGGUACCAACGGUACCGCCAACACCAAUGGCAACAGCGCAGCACCCAAAAGGAAGAUUCUCAUCAAUGCAUUUGAUAUGAGUACAGUUGGCCAUCUGAGUCCUGGACAAUGGAAGAAUCCCAAAGAUCGGUCUGCUACCAAGCGUAAGCUGGGCUACUGGAUUGACCUGGCAAAGUUACUUGAGCGCGGUGGCAUCAACGCAUUGUUUCUUGCCGAUACUUAUGGCGGGUACGAUACGUACGAGGGCAGUUUGGAUAACUGUAUAAGGCGGGCUGCGCAAUGGCCCAUGACCGAUCCUACUAUUCCAAUUUCAGCGAUGGCAGCUGUAACAAAGCACCUUUCCUUCGCCAUCACAGCAUCUACAUCCUUUGAGCCUCCGUUUCUACUAGCGAAGCGCUUCAGUACUCUAGACCAUUUGACCGGUGGGCGUUUUGGCUGGAACAUCGUCACGAGCUGGAAGAAGGCGGCGUUCAAAGCCAUUGGACUAGACACGCCAAUUGAGCAUGACGAGCGAUACACACAAGCAGAUGAGUAUCUGCGCGUUCUGUAUAAACUGUGGGAAGGCUCAUGGGCCGACGACGCCAUCACGCAGAACGCGGAAAAAGACGAGUAUAUUGAUCCGGAUAAGAUCCGCACCAUCAAACAUAAUGGGAAGUUUUUCCACUUGGAGUCCCGCCACAUCGUUGAUCCUUCUCCCCAACGAACGCCCUUCCUCUUCCAAGCUGGUACCUCCUCUGCCGGCUCAGAAUUCGCCGCCACUCACGCUGAGGCUAUAUUCGUCUCGUCGCACUCGCCCGUCGUGCUGAAGCCCAAGGUCGCGAAGAUCCGCCAACUAGCCGCUGAGAAAGGGAGGGAUCCGCAGUCCAUCAAGUUCUUUGCUACAUUCACGCCGAUUCUAGGGCGCACAGAUGAGGAGGCACAGCAAAAAUACGAAGAACUGAAAAGUUAUGCGAGUGAGAUUGGUGGAUUGGUCCUGGUUAGUGGGUGGUCAGGUAUUGAUCUGAGCAAGUAUCCGCCUGAUCAGGUGUUGACCGCGGAUGAUGCGACGGAAGACCAUCGCGUGCGGAGCUUGCUAGACGCAUUUACGGUCACUUCGCCUGAUGUGCCAGAAUGGACACCACGCGUGAUUGCGGAGAGAGCGUCGAUUGGUGGUUUGGGUCCUGUUGGUGUGGGAACUCCAGCUAAGGUCGCGGAUCAGCUUGAAGAAUGGAUCAGCGAGGCAGAUGUCGACGGAUUCAAUAUCGGGUAUGUUACUACGCCAGGAAGCUUUGAAGACGUGGUGGACUUGCUGGUGCCAGAGUUGAGGAGGAGGGGUAUAUAUGCAGAGAUCCCGGAAGAGGCGAAAGAUGAGGAGUGGACGGCACGAGAGAAGGUUUAUGGGAAGGGGCAGGCGAAGUUGAGGGAUGAUCAUGCUGGCGCGCGGUAUAGGUAUGAUGUUUAUGACGAGAGAGAAGAAGAGAAGACCUCAAAUGGUGCGGCGAGUGCAGAAGACGAGAGGCCAAGCAAGAAACAAAAGAGAUAG